UCUGUCAAACUGAGCAAAAAGGGUGAAAGCCCAAGUCCGAGGAGGGGCGAGUUCUCGUCGCGAAUGGGGUUGCUGAUUAUAGUAUCUCACAUAAGGGAAGAUUAGAGAUAAUGAACUGACUGUUUUCGUGAGCUGAUCGAAUUCUUGAGUAGAAUAUACGGAGUGUGCACUUUAAAGGAUAACAUUGUUCAUUUAAUUUCAAGCCAUGGAGGACGACCUGCCAACUGAAUACGACGUGGUCGUCGUGGGUACAGGAAUGACCGAAUCCAUCGUCGCCGCGGCUGCCAGCAGAAUCGGAAAACGAGUUCUACACCUUGAUAGUAAUGAAUAUUACGGCGGUCUCUGGGCUACCUUCAACUUUGAUGGUCUACAGAAAUGGAUAGAAGACCUAAAAUCCCCCAAACCUGAUGGUGCAGAUGCUAUCACGUUGGUACAAGGUGGAGAAAAGUUCUUGAAAGCUAGCAACCAAUAUUCCACAGUCGAAAAUGUUCAAGAAAAAUGGUUUAUCUCCAAUGAUGCUGAUUUACCAGUUCUAUCCACAAAAGAUACGCAAACUGAUGGAUCUGGUGACGCUGCUACCAGCGAUGGGGCAGAAAAAUCUGAUGAAGAUAAAACGGAAAAGAAGGAAUCAGUUAAGCAAUGGAGUGUUGAACGAAUUAAGAAGGAAUACCGGAGGUUCAACAUUGACUUGGCUCCAAAGUUGCUGUUUGCUCGUGGUGAAUUGGUAGAACUAUUAAUAUCUAGCAACAUUGCAAGAUACGCGGAAUUUAGGGCCGUUUCCAGAGUCGCUACGUACAUGGAUGGCAAACUGACCCAAGUCCCAUGUUCGAGAGCAGAUGUUUUUGCCAACAAGACUGUUAGCGUUGUUGAAAAACGAAUGUUGAUGCAACUCCUAACAUCUUGCAUGGAGCAAGGAGCCGAUAGUCCAGAAUUCAAUGGUUUCCAAGAUAAGACAUUCUUAGAAUAUCUUGAUACAAAAAAACUUACUCCAAUGGUACGGCACUACGUAAUGCAGGCUAUUGCGAUGGCUACUGAUAAAACUUCUACAAGGGAUGGCGUUAAUCGGACAAAACAUUUCCUCAACAGUCUCGGACGGUACGGAAAUACUCCUUUCCUAUGGCCCAUGUAUGGAAGUGGAGAACUACCUCAAUGUUUCUGUCGACUAUGUGCGGUAUUUGGUGGAGUCUACUGCCUGAAGAGACAACUGGAUGGUAUUGUUGUUGGAGAAGGAAAAUGCAAAGCCAUUGUGACCGGGAAGCAGAAACUAGCAUUAGAACAUCUAGUCGUUGGUCAAGGUCACUUACCGCCAGAAAUUGUAUCAUCAAGUGGCGAGCAGCAGAUAUCUCGUGGCAUCUUCAUCACUGAUAGAUCUAUAAUGCCCGGAGAGAAGGAGAACUUGACUCUGUUAUAUUAUCCACCCCAAGAUGCUGGUCAAGAGGCUGUAACCCUAAUUGAACUUGGACCGUCAACCAACGCAUGCCCGCAAGGAUUAUUCAUGGUGCACGUGACGUGCAAGAGAACCAAGACCGCUGAGGAAGAUCUGGCGUACGUGACAAAGAAAUUUCUGCGAGCCGAGGUACUUGAUCCUAACGUGACACGAAAUGCGACCGAUUCUCACACUCAGACUGUAUCUCCUGACAAGAGACAUCUUCAGGAUGGUGCUGGUGAAGGAAAAGAUGGGGACUCAGAAAAUCCCAAGCCCCAAGUUCUCUGGUCACUGUACUUGAAUUUGCCUGCAAGCGACAUAAAGCUUAGCGACUCUGCUCCUAGCAACGUUCAUCUUUGUUCUGGACCGGAUCUUGAUUUAGACUUUGACUUUGCCGUGAACCAGGCUAAAGCGAUUUUCAAAGCGAUGUAUCCUGACGAAGAUUUCCUUCCCCGUGCCCCUGACCCUGAGGAAAUAGUCUUAGAAGGUGAAGAGGCUCCAGGGCCACAGUUUGAAGGAGACAAACCUGGAGAUGGAGAGGAAAAACAAGAUAUCGAGAAAACAGAGAAAGAGGAAUGAGGGGACUGGUAUGAAUUGUAGUACACAGGGUACUUUUGCGCGAUUAUGGUAAGAAAAUAGUUGAAGAGUUUCGAACCAGACCUCGGAAAUACCUAAUCUAUGAAUGUGUAAUCGGCGAGAGUCUCGUGUAUUGCUUUGUGUAAUAUUGUUGAAAUAAAAUUCACCUAAGAGUAUAUCCGGGAAGUGGCACUUUCCAGUAAAAAUCUUGUUUGAAGCACAGCCAUUGGAUAAACAAGUAAACUUACUAUUUAGUCAAGAGAAUCUUAGAGCGAAAACAAAGAUUUGUGAUAUUACUAUAUAUUAACGUUGAAUAAAAUUUCUGUGCAUUCCGUCGGACUAUGAAAUUCACAUAUGUCGUUCGUAGGCAUCGGAAAAUAAUAUCUGAGAAAUAACGAAUCUACUCAGGUAGCGUCUAUUCAAAACUUCCUCCUUAUACUCUCAGGCGAAAGUCUAGUAUCCCAUUGCUAUGACAUUACUCGUGUAUACUUAUUCAUUUUGAUAUAUUUUUUGGCAAUAGAUGGGCAAACAUAAUUUAUCUAAGAAGCCAGACCCUUCUUUCUUUUAUCAAAAUUAAGUCUUCAGUAGUUUAUAUUGAAUUGCCGUUGAGUGAGAAUAAUAUUACGGAAAUUAAUUCAUUCGCAUAUUGAGGGAGAUGAGGGCCAAUAAAAAGUGGUCUGCUACUGGGAAUCCUGAUCCAUUUUUAAGAUUCUCCCCUACUGAAGAUUGUUAAAAGAAUAUAACACUAUCUUUGCGCGUUGUUAAAUUCUACUUAGAUUUGUAUCCAUCUGAUGUAAGCAGUAUUUCCGCUUAUUUAGAUAUAAGGCUUACAUAUGAUCUAUACGUUCACUGCAUAUCGCCGAUGACCGAUAAGGGUUCUGAUGGAUGAGUUCUAAAGAUACCGUACUAAAAUUUGUUUCUCGAUUACUUAUUAAUCACAAUUUAGUUGUAAUAGGUCAGCUAAUAAUAUGAAUCUAAGAAAAUAGCGUAUAAUAAUAAAUCGCUUCUGUGUUGUAAGUCAUAUAGUAAAUGGAUUUAUCGAGGUGAUUGUAGGUAAACAACACAUACCAGUUUUUAUUUAGUUUCCAUUAUUGAUCAACAAAGGAAUCCGAUCUGCUAGAUUUAAAAAAUGCUUCAUUGCAAAAAGAUUGAAUAAAGUUGAUUACCAGCUUAGCAUUCCAUUGGUAAGAAUAUCUUCGUUUGAUUUGCAGUCUACUUAUAAUCUGCAUUAAAACUAUUUUUUAUUCUAUGUGGAUUUUGUUGUUUUAUCACUAACUUAGAAUUUCAAUACCACGGACAUUCUUAGAAUCAUUCGAGAAUUGCUUUCACUUCUUUUGCCGACCCAAAUAAUAGACUAUUUGACAGUUUUAGUGCCAAUUAUUUUGCACACUUGACAUAGUUAUAAUCGUCUAUCUUCAAGCUAAAGAUGGAAAUAAAAUAUUCGUAAUUUGACACUUUUUCACUAAAUGUGUGGAUACUGUCCCUUAGUAAUCUAUCUUUCAAGACAAGCAACCCCAGACGAGUGCUCUAGGGUACUCCCCAGCGAGCAUACAUUUUUUUUGGAGAGCUCAAAAUGAGUUUGCUUCUAGGGUUGAAUAUUAACUAUUUAUUUACAUCGAGUAUGAAAUAUGCACAAGUAUGUAUGUGGCAUAUCGAUAUGUCACCAUAUCAUCGAAUAUCUAUUCCGCAUUUGUGUUAUUAUAAUAUUUCUUUCUUAUGAAAUAAAAUAUUCUAAAAUUUAA